GCAUUUUGAAGGGCAACCCGAACGGGAAGUGAAGCCACUUGCUUGACCUUGAGUCCACUGGUUGGGCAUGCCGCCCUGAGCACGGCCACUUGAGUUGCCCUUGAUCUAUCUCUUUCGACUUUGCUCAACACCGCCCCACUCAGGUCACUUCCGAAUUCGCGUCGUCGCCCCCACUCCGUUCGACUGUAUCCUGACACCUCCACAAUGGCUCCGCUGUCCCGCUUCGCUUUCGCCGCUUCGACGCUUCUACUCGCGUCGAUUGUUUCGGCCGCCGACGAGUGUUCGUCCAGCGUGAGUGAGACAAUCAUCGCAACUAUCGACAACAGCACAUACUACGACACGUGCGCGGUGGAGGACGAAGGCGUGACCUUCAACAUCUCCACGCUCUUCGAUGUGCUCAACUUCACGGACUCCGAGUUCCUACUGUUCUGCAACUCAUCGACGUGUCUUGAGCCUGUCCAUGAGAUGCUUCACUCGAUCCCGUCCGACUGCCUCAUCCUGUACGAGGGCACGGAACGCAAUCUGUCCGAAGAGGUCUCGGCACUGCACGAGGAGUGCCACAAGGUUCUAGGCACGGACGAUGACGACGACGACACCACCGACAGCGAUGACAUGUCCAUGAGUAUGACUAUGAGUAUGAGCGGUAUGGACAUGGACGGCACCACCAGCUCCAGCACGGGUUCCAGUCCAGCGUCCACCGUCAGCAGCGCUUUCAUCGCGGGUGCAAUUGCUGGCUGCACCGUUGUCGCCGCUAUGCUUUAGGAACGAUAGUUCACAGAUAAACUCGAGCUUAAUGCCAGCACUGUUCUAGUAACGUGUAGAUUGAUAAAAUGUUUUUUGUCUGCCAGCUACGCCUGAAGAUGUGGCAGUCGUGAUACAGCGGAA